AUGUACGGCGGCCAGGAUCUAAUUUUCCCAGCACUGAUCAAGCUCCACUCUCCCCUCCACCAACAACAACACUCUGAUUACUCUUCUUCUUCUUCUUCUUCUUCUUCUUCUUCUUCUUCUUCUUCUUCUUCUUCUUCUAUCCUCGUCGGCGGCAUCUUCCUCGACCACGAAACAGUUCUCCCUUCGUUCUUCUCCUUGAAACCUAAGCAGCCCGACUCCUCUCGCUACUCGGGGCUCUCCAGGAAUUUGAGGCUUGAGGUCGAUGGCGGCCUGCCCCGGCGCCGGCAGCGGCGGCGAAGGGAUGCACUGGCGUUUCUUUCUGUAAGUUUGUCGAUAAAACGGGGCGACGAAGAGUUUGUUGCGGAACGGCCGGGAAGCUUGGCUGAGAAUGGAGAAGACAAGAAUUUGGAGGCGGAAAUGAAGUUGGGCACAUUUCUCGCUGCUGAGGCGAAGAAGGGGAAUGAUGAUGAGAAGAAGAAGAAGAAGAAGGUUGGUGUGCGGAAUUCCGGAUCAGCGGCUUUCAAUACCACUAAGCAUCUCUGGGCUGGCGCCGUUGCAGCUAUGGUUUCCAGAACCAUUAUAGCACCUCUGGAGAGAAUGAAGCUGGAGUACAUACUUUGUGGCGAGACGACGAAUAUAGUUGCACUCACCAGGAAAAUUUUCUUAACUCAAGGGGUCAAAGGUUUCUGGAAAGGCAACUUGGUCAAUAUUCUUCGAACUGCUCCCUUUAAGGCUAUCAACUUUUAUGCAUACGAUACGUACAGAAAGACACUACUGAAAUGGACUGCGAAUGAGGAAACCACAAACUUUGAGAGGUUUAUUGCAGGUGCUGCCGCUGGUGUUACUGCUUCUCUGCUCUGCUUGCCUUUGGACACUAUAAGGACCAAGAUGGUAGCACCUGGUGGUGAAGCAUUGGGUGGUGUAAUUGGGACAUUUCGUUACAUGAUCCAGACUGAAGGCUUCUUCUCACUUUACAAGGGUUUAGUACCCUCAUUAGCAAGCAUGGCUCCUGCGGGUGCAGUAUUUUAUGGUGUCUACGAUAUACUCAAGACAGGAUAUCUUCAUUCGCCCGAGGGGAAGGCGAGAAUUCAACACAUGAACCAAGAAGGGCAAGAGCUGAAUGCCUUUGACCAGCUGGAGUUGGGUCCCUACAGGACACUGCUCUAUGGUGCGAUUGCAGGGUGUUGCUCCGAGGCUGCUACUUACCCAUUUGAAGUUGUGAGGAGACAGCUUCAAAUGCAAGUCCGUGCCACAAAGAUGAAUGCAGUGGCAACUUGUUUGAAGAUAGUUGAACAGGGAGGCAUUCCUGCUCUAUAUGCUGGAUUAAUACCAAGCUUGUUACAGGUUUUACCUUCUGCUGCAAUAAGUUAUUUUGUGUAUGAAUUCAUGAAGAUAGUACUGAAAGUGGAUUCGUCAUAG